UCAUGGUUCCUUUUUUCCCUUUUCUUUCCUUUUCCCAUCUGCAGUUGAGUAUGACAAGGAGUUCACGCCUCACCAGCGGCACCACAAGGAGUUCAAGUUUAAUUUGUCUCAGAUUCCUGAGGGCGAGGCCGUCACAGCUGCUGAGUUUCGGAUCUACAAGGACUGCGUUGUGGGGAGCUUUAAAAACCAAACUUUCCUUAUCAGCAUCUACCAGGUGCUGCAGGAGCAUCAGAACAGGGCCUCUGACCUGUUUCUGCUGGACACGCGGGCGGUGUGGGCCUCAGAGGAGGGCUGGCUGGAGUUUGACGUCACUGCCACCAGUAACAUGUGGGUGAUGAACCCUCAGCACAACAUGGGACUGCAGCUGAGCGUGGUGACCCGGGAUGGUUUCAGCAUAAAUCCUAGAGAAGCAGGCCUUAUAGGCCGAGAUGGCCCUUAUGACAAACAGCCUUUCAUGGUGGCCUUCUUCAAAGUGAGCGAAGUCCACGUCCGGACCACUAGAUCAGCCACAAGCAGGCGCAGGCAGCAGAGUCGAAACCGCUCCACGCAGGCUCAGGAUGUUUCCAGGGUGUCCAGUGUCACAGAUUACAACAGCAGCGAUUUAAAAACAGCUUGCAGAAAGCAUGAGCUUUACGUUAGCUUCCAAGACUUGGGAUGGCAGGACUGGAUAAUAGCUCCAAAGGGCUAUGCAGCCAACUACUGUGAUGGGGAGUGCUCCUUUCCACUCAACGCCCACAUGAACGCAACCAAUCAUGCCAUUGUACAGACUCUGGUUCAUCUUAUGAAUCCCGAUUAUGUUCCCAAACCAUGCUGUGCACCUACCAAACUAAAUGCCAUAUCUGUUCUUUAUUUUGAUGAUAAUUCUAACGUAAUCUUGAAGAAAUACAGGAAUAUGGUAGUAAGAGCUUGUGGAUGUCACUGA